AGCUAUCAGUGUUGCCAAACAGCCCCCGAAUGACCAAUAGACCCUUCCUUCUCCUUCAUGACUGGCACUGCAAAUUUCAUUUCUCCCGCUCCCGUGAGCAGAUCGGAAACGGAAGAAAUUUCACAGCGAGACCCCGUCGUCGUUCCCUUCCGAUCAGUUGACAAGGACUAUGUACUUCGAAGUGGAAUUACGACGAAAAGUUCUAGUGCUCCCAGAGAACCUGGGCGAAAACGAACUAGUUUCUCAAAGAUGUAUAGUGACACAACUACUGAAGAACUUGUCCUAUGAGAAGGCCAGCAAGGAUGAAGGCUACUUUCUCACUGUAUCGGGCAUAAAAAGCAUCGGCAGCGGACAGCCUCUUAGGAGAUCUAGGCAUGUCUUCUUUCCAGUAACAUUUACCUGCCGGACCUUCAUGCCUUACCGGGGAGAGAUCCUGCAGGGAGUUGUUCACCACAUUUCCAGGGUUGGGGCCUUCAUGAGUUGUGGACCUGUCAAAUUGGCGUAUCUCUCUAUUCUGAAGAUGCCCGGGUACCACUAUGUUCCCGGAGACGUGCCCUUUUUUCUAAAUAAUGAGCUUUCCAAAAUUAACACUGGUGUGGUGGUUCAAUUCGUGGUGCUUGACGUGAGAUGGAUAGAGAAGAGGGACAGUAUGACGAAGGAGUUUCAGAUGCUUGCUAGCUUGGACGGCGAUAACUUAGGUCCAAUCUCGUCCUGUGAAUUAUGAUGACAAAACGAUGGAAACUAGCUGAAGGGGAGACUCCUCACUCAUGGUUUAAGGUAAAUAGGAAAUCGAAAUAGUUACUUAAUGUCGAAUUUGUGUGCGGGGCUCAGAUUUGUGUUCAUACAUAGUUUUACAUGCAUAGUUGUCCAUUGUCGAAAUUUUCUUCUCUCUUUUCAGUUUUUUUCCCCAAAGGGAUUCAGGCCUUGAAAUUGUGAAAGAAGAUACUGCUAUGCAUACUGCUAAUUUACCUCUCUUUUUCCUGGUAAAUUUUGAUGAA